AUGGACGACAUGAGGAACUCGACCGACAACGACGCCCUUGGCUGUGACGCCUCCUUCGGACCCAGUGCGAGUGCUUGCCAUCCACCUCGCUUCGACUUCACUCUCUUCUUUGAGCAGUCGAUACUGACCAUCGUGCCAUGCGUCCUGCUCUUGCUGGCCCUCAUUCCGAGAGUCGUCCAUUUGUCACGCAGCAGACGCAAGGUUCUCCGCCACCGCACUGAUGCCUUCAAGCCGGUGGCAUAUACCUGUCUGAUAGCACUGCAGCUUACCCUGUUGGUCCUUUGGCCUAGCCAUGGAGGACGCACCACGAGCACCUCCAUCAUUGCCGCCUCGCUUGUCCUCGUCGAUGGUCUGGCCCUGGCCGUCCUAAGCUACCUGGAACAUCGCCGCUCCAUCCGCCCCUCGAGCAUCAUCCUUGCCUACCUCGUACUUUCCAUCGCUUUCGAUGCCACGCAAUGUCGUACCCUCUGGCUUCUCGCCGAAUCGAGCGUCGCUCCCGUCUUCACCUCCGCCUUGGCCUGCAAACUUCUCCUCUUCUUCCUCGAGCUUGCCGAGAAGCGCUACAUUUUGCUCCCCCCCUGGAAGGCGCUCAGCCCCGAGACGACGAGUAGCAUCAUCAGCAAGGGGUUCUUUUGGUGGCUGAACAGCCUGCUUUUACGCGGCUUCCGCGCAACGCUGUCUACGGACUCCAUCUACGAUAUUGACGAUGCUCUCAAGUCAAAGGGGCUCCUCGACAAAUUGCUCGGUGCUCGCCAGAGGUGGGAAAUGUCGCGCAGGUUCCAUCGAUAUCGCCUCCUACUCGCCACAUGCGAUUCGAUCAGAAGGCCUUUGGCGACGACUGCUCUGCCUCGACUCUGCUUGAUCGGCUUUAAAUUUGCUCAGCCAUUUCUCAUCAAAAGUGUCGUCAGCCAUGUUGAUGGUGUACACGUCCACGACCGCUUCAGAAAGGAAGCUGCCUACGCUCUUGUUGCUGCAACUGCCUUCGUUUUUCUUGGCAAGGCAAUCUCGCAUGGCUUUUACCAGCAUCAAUUAUUUCGUACCCUUACCAUGAUCCGAGGCGCAUUAGUUUCGCUCAUCUUUCUUCAAACCCUUAACCUCAGCGUCGUAUCGUCCGACACCCAAAACGUGGCAGCCCUAACGCACGUCGGUCCAGAUGUCAUGUCCAUUUCGAAGGCUUUCGAGAGCGUUCAUGAGAUAUGGGCGAAUCCGAUUGAAAUUGGGCUGGCUAUAUGGCUCUUGAGUCGAGAACUUGGCCCGGGAUGCGUCGGACCUGCAGUGGCAGUAAUCACAUGCACCGCCGCCAUGACCAAACUCUCCAAGUACAUGGGCCCUGCUAUGAAGGUCUGGAACGAGGCCAUCCAACGACGGAUUUCCGCGACCUCGAACGUCAUGGGCUUCAUGAGGGAGGUCAAAAUGUUAGGCAUGGUUCCUUUUUGGACCACCACAAUACAAUCUUUGCGUGUCGCAGAGCUUCAGUGCUCUAAACGGUUUCGAAUCUUCAUAGCCUACCUGAAUGUUCUUGGGAACGCGCCAUCCGCACUCGCGCCACUCAUCUCGUUCGGCGUCGCCAUUGCGUUGGCUGGCAAGAGCUCACAGCAGUCGCUUUCGAUUUCCGCUGCAUUCACCUCUCUAUCCAUCAUUUCUCUCAUCGCAGAACCUCUGGCGCACCUUCUUGCCUCUGUUCCCUCCUUCGUAAGCUCGUUCGGCUCGUUCGACAGGAUUGAGGCCUUUCUCCAACAGGGACAGACCGCCUUAUCAACUUCGCUGGCUUGCCAACAUGAUCAGCAUGAAUCGUCCAACGAUAAAGAUCCGAUACUUGCUGCCAACCUUGAACUUGUGCCAAUCCUGAAUCAACAGUGCGAUACCUUCAAAGUUGAGAAGGCCUCGUUUCUUCUGCGCCAAGGGUGUAUGCCCAUCCUAAAGGAUUUGACCUUUACCAUCAGGCCGUCAACCUUGACCAUUGUAACUGGAAAAGUAGGGUCAGGGAAGACCAUGCUACUUCUUGCGCUGUUGGGCGAACUACAGGCAACCGGCAAGGUACAGCUUCCGAAAGCUGGAGUUGCCUUCUGCUCGCAAUCUACGUGGUUGGUCCAUGGCACCAUCAAGAACAAUAUUCUCGGACCAAUGGACGAAGCACUGGAUGAAGAGUGGUACAGAACUAUUAUUCGGGCAUGCGCAUUGGAAAAGGAUUUCGAACACCUCCAUGAUGGUGAUGAGUUUUUAGUCGGAAGCAAUGGACUGACAUUAAGUGGCGGCCAACGACAGCGCUUGUCGCUUGCACGAGCACUAUACUCAAGAAAGCGAGUAGUGAUAGCUGAUGAUAUUUUCUCCGGACUGGACCCAGAGACUAGACAACAUGUUUGGACACAUGUUUUUGGACCCUCGGGGUUGCUCCGUCGUCAUGGAAUUACCGUCGUUCUUGCGACCCAUACACUGGAUUUCCUGAAGGACGCCGAUCAUAUCAUUAUCCUUGACCAUGGCAAAAUCGCCCAUCAAGGAUCCUUUGACAAGCUUUGUGCCUCUGUGCCAAUACUUCAACAACAGCAAGGCGGUGGUGAUCUCUCUUCGUCUGUGCCUAUCGAAGAAGGAUCUGAAAAGAAAACACGAUCCGGCCGCAACCUGGACGAAGCCGUCGACGAUGCCGAUGAUUUAUCUCGACGUACAGGAGACUCGUCCCUAUACAUGUAUUACUUCCAAUCGAUUGGCUGGAAGCUUGGUUUGACCGCGUUGUUUUGGGCAUCAACACAAGCGUUUCUCGCGCAGUUCUCCAGCAUCUGGGUCAAGUGGUGGACAGAAGCAAACAAAAGUCAAUCCGAUGUCAACACGGCCAUGUACUAUGGAGUCUACGCCACGAUUCUUUGCGUUUGGAUUGGAGUUAUUGGCAUCGACUGUUGGUAUAUGUUCGUCGUUCUUAUUCCACGGUCCGCCGAAUGGCUGCAUUGGAAGUUACUCAAAACCACCAUGGGCGCGCCCAUGGCAUUCUUCCACUCGACUGAUUCCUCUCUGGAGUUACUGGAUCGCUCUCAGAAGCCCCAUUACCUUCUAUUGUCCAUUCAGCGUUGGUUGACUUUGGUCCUCGACCUGCUGGUGACCGUCGCGGCAGUACUUCUCGUCGUCUUUUCUGUUCUAUCAGGAGACUCCGCUGCCGGCAACGUAGCUGUUGCAAUGUACAGCGUACUCGGGUUGAGUCAGUCUCUCGCUAAUCUACUUUCAUCUUGGACGUCCUUGGAAACCUCUCUUGGCGCCAUCUCCCGCCUAAAGGAAUUUGUCAAGUGCACUCGACAAGAAAUUGAGCCGUCGGCUGCGGGACAGGUAGAGCCAACAAAGUCCUGGCCGGCCACUGGGAAGCUGGAGUGGCAGAAUGUCGAGGCAUUCUAUUCGAGAACACAAGGCGAUGAUCCCGUGCUUCGUGAUAUAUCUCUCAAGGUACAGUCUGGUCAAAAGGUCGCCAUCUGCGGACGGACGGGAAGUGGAAAGUCGUCCCUGCUCUCCACUUUGUUCGGCCUGCUGGAUUACUCGGGCACCAUUAUGAUUGAUGAAAUUGACAUUUCAUCAAUCUCAAAUCAGACAUUGCGGUCAAGUUUAAUCGUCGUUCCCCAGCAACCUGUCCUUUUUCAAGGCUCUCUGCGCUCGAACUUGGUCUCACAGCCAUGCUCGACUCAAGAAGCACAGCUGCUUUCAGAUGCAGAGCUGAUUGCCUUGCUGAAAAGGCUGGAGGUCUGGGAUGCCGGUUUCCAAAACAAGUUUCUCGAUACAGACACGGCCGACCUUUCUCUCUCCUUUGGCCAGAAGCAGUUGCUCUGUCUCGCACGAGCCAUUCUCCGCAAAGAGCAGAGUAAAAUCGUCAUUCUGGAUGAGGCCAUGAGCGGGGUCGAUCAACAUACAGAGGAGCUCAUGGUCAGGGCCCUGGAAAGAGAAUUUGCAGGACACACGAUCGUGUCCAUAGUUCAUCGACUGCACACCAUUCGCAGCUUUGACAGGCUCGUGGUCCUCGAUAAGGGCAGGAUUGUCGACAUGGGGACUCCGAGCGAGCUGCUCACAGCCAACGCUCAGCUCAAACGGGCUACCGUCACUUCCACUUGA